GAGCUGUGUGCCGCAAGACAAGGAUCCGGAAGUCGGAGUCUAGCAGCGUGUGUGCACCUCCUCAGUCUGCGUUGGUGAGCUAUCCAGUCCUCUCAGAUCCACGCCGGAAGUGCAGGAAGAAGGUAGCAUAUUUGAGCAUACCUGUAUUCAAGCUGAUCUGACCAUCAUGGUGAAGCUCAGACACAAAAAUAAAAAGCCAGGUAAAGGAUCCAAAGUCUGUAAGAAGCCUACAAAGCAAAAUGGGAAGAAAGCAACCUCCAGAGGGGCUUCGGCCUUCCAGCUCGUUCAUGGCAAUGAUCAUAGCAGUCGGGAGGCUGAGUUAAAGAAGAAAAGGGUUGAGGAGAUGAGGGAGAAGCAGCAAGCAGCUCGGGAGCAAGAGAGACACAGAUACAGAACCAUGGAGAGCUACUGUCAGGAUGUCCUGAAACGCCAGGAGGAGUUCGAACGCAAGGAGGAAGUUUUGCAGGAAUUAAAUAUGUUUCCUCAGCUGGAUGAUGAAGCCACACGCAAGGCUUAUUACAAGGAAUUCCGUAAGGUGGUAGAAUAUUCUGAUGUGAUUCUGGAAGUCCUAGAUGCCAGAGACCCAUUAGGCUGUCGGUGUUUCCAAAUGGAGGAGACUGUCCUGAGGGCAGAAGGCAACAAGAAGCUGGUCUUAGUCUUGAACAAGAUUGACCUGGUCCCCAAGGAAGUUGUGGAGAAGUGGCUGGAUUACCUUCACAAUGAGCUGCCAACUGUAGCUUUCAAGGCCAGCACCCAGCAUCAGGUCAAAAACCUGAGCCAGUGCAGUGUGCCAGUGUCUCAGGCCUCUGAGUCACUGCUGAAGAGCAAAGCCUGCUUCGGGGCUGAAAACCUCAUGAGGAUUCUGGGGAACUAUUGUCGCCUGGGUGAAGUGCGCACCCACAUCCGUGUGGGUGUUGUGGGCCUUCCAAAUGUUGGAAAAAGCAGUCUGAUCAAUAGUCUGAAGCGCAGCCGUGCAUGCAGUGUGGGAGCUGUUCCUGGGAUCACCAAAUUCAUGCAGGAGGUUCACUUGGACAAGUUCAUCAGACUGCUGGAUGCACCAGGCAUCGUCCCAGGACCCACCUCAGAAGUGGGCACCAUCCUGCGCAAUUGCAUCCAGGUACAGAAGCUGGCCGACCCUGUGACUCCGGUGGAAACCAUCCUGCAGCGCUGCAAUCUGGAGGAGAUCUCCAACUAUUAUGGUGUCUCAGGAUUCCAAACUACCGAACACUUUCUGACUGCUGUGGCCCACCGUUUGGGAAAGAAGAAGAAGGGAGGCAUAUACAGUCAGGAACAGGCGGCUAAAGCUGUCCUGGCUGACUGGGUGAGUGGGAACAUCAGUUUCUAUAUACCACCACCACCUACCCAUACUCUGCCUGCCCAUCUCAGUGCUGAGAUUGUUAAGGAGAUGACUGAGGUCUUUGAUAUUGAGGAUACUGAGCAUGCCAAUGAAGACACCAUGGAAUGUUUGGCCACUGGAGAAUCUGAUGAGCUGUUGGGUGAUACAGACCCGCUUGAAAUGGAUGUCAAGUGGCUUCAUUCUCCAAUGGUGAAAAUAGCAGAUGCUAUGGAAAAUAAAACCACCGUAUAUAAGAUUGGAGAACUCACUGGCUAUUGCACCAAUCCAAACCGUCAUCAGAUAGGAUGGGCUAAACGCAAUGUGGACCAGUAUGCCACCAAGAACAACGGUGUGAUAGAUGUUCACUCGGUGGACCGCCGCCCUUUGCUGCAAAGAAUCAUGGAGACAGACUCUCUACAACAGGGCCAGGCUCUGGCAUCUGCCCUGAAGAAUAAGAAGAAGAUGCAGAAGCGUACAGAUAAAAUCGCCAGCAAGUUGUCCGAUUCUAUGAUGACAGCCCUCGACCUUUCUGGCAAUGGUGAUGACAGUGCUAGAGAUUGAUUUGCUGAUGUCCCUCCCCUCCUCUCCAAUCAUGGAUUCCUGUGGGAUGGGAGAAUACAGAUAGAUUGGUUCUCCCGGGAGUACCUGUAUAUUAGAAGAAUAUCUUCACACCCUUUAUCUUCUCCUCCCCACGGUUCCCUCCAUUUUCUGUGGUAAAGAGUUCCAAGAGGCUAGAGCUGCCAAAUCCAAUACCCUGUAUUUAAUCCCUACUCUUUUCCAAGAGGAGUUUAAAUAUCAACAGAGACUGGGUGCCAACAAUUAUAUUCCCCAUCUCCUAUCCCUGA